UUACAGAGACGCAUGAGAUGAGCGAUACACUGGAAGAUAUCAAAUCUUCAAUCGUACGUUGGUGGACAGCAGUCAAUGCGGAUAAACGGCCCAAACCGAAUCCCGCACGAAUGGUCACUGUUCAGGAAUUGCCGAUGUAUCCGGAUGAAACACCGUAUUACAAGGAAGUCCAAGAGUUGCCUCUGCCGAUACAAAAGGAAAUGGCGCUAUUACGACGGGCCACUCUACAACGCUUUGGAAAUUUAGGGGAAUCCUAUCUGAAUGCUGAAGAAAAAUCGAAAAGGUUUUUUGAUUCUGCCCAAGAAUUUAAACGAUUUUUGCAAGAAGAUUAUGGAUUGUUACCGAAAGCCGCUGCAAUCACCGUCGGCGGUCUUACUGGUUUUUUUCUUGGUAUGAGAAAAUCAGUGUUCCGCAGAUUUCUGUAUUCUGGAAUGGGCUUAUUAACAAUGACUGCAUUUUGUUAUCCUUAUGAAACAAUUGCUGUCAGUCGCACUGCGGUUGAGCAUAGUAAAUUGGCUUGGGAUAAUUUUGUUCGUUCACCCGAACCUCCUGUAUAUUCUGCUCAAGCAAACGAAUCUCCGGUCUCCACCGCAGAACAAUAAGUGAACUUUUCAGGAGGACCUUAAAUGCUAGUAUCUUCACGCGGUAAUAUAUAAAAGUCAUUGUUAUAGGUCAGGAGUGUAAAGUUAAAAUACGCUUUAGGUUUAGCUGAAUACUUCGUUCAUCACGGUUAUGUAGCAGGAUUGUUUUCUAUAUUCGAGCUAAUGUGAAGUCCAAACAAAAUGUUGUGGGUUGAUGACAAGUAAUGAUAAAAGUAUAGGCUGAACAGUUCAUGGGUUUUCUGCAUAAGUCUUUCGAGAAAAUUUGCUGUAUCGCUUUAAUGAUGACCACCUACUUAAAGUUGUGUCUCAGUUCCAUUACUGCUAUUAUGACA